UCUUGUGACAUGAAAAAGAGAAAGAAAACAAAACUGACUUGUAUCUGUAAUUUAGCCUGCAUUGAAAUACACAACCUUAUUGGAACGUAAAUCCCAUGGACACUCCACCUCAAAUAUCUUGUGGGAUAUGUGACGCCCAGCAUAUCACGAAAAGUGCAGAUUUCUGGUGCCCGGAGUGUGACGAUGGUCUUUGUACUGAGUGUAAGGGCCAUCACAGUUUUUCCAAAGCAAGUCGACUUCAUGGCAUUAUUUCGAUAGAGGAUUACAGAAAACUGUCAACUGAUAUUUCAAGCAUAGUCCACCACUGCGUUGAACAUGAGAAAAAGCUUCAAAUGUAUUGUCCCCAUCACGAUCAACUUUGCUGUCUUUUAUGCAUAUCAACCAGUCACAAAGAAUGUACUGGGAUGUUACCUAUUGAUGAAAUGGCGAAAACUUCUAAAUCUAGUGGUUUGUUAGAAAGUUUGCAGAAAUCAUUAGAAGAUAUAAUCAGCAACAUUGACAAGGUAGUAAAAGAUAGGCAAUCUAAUCUGACCAAAAUUAAAGAACAACGACAAAACAUUCUCGCUGGCAUUCGAAACAUACGCAAAAGAAUCAACUCUCAUUUUGAUAAAAUAGAACAAGAGAUCGAAAAAGAACUGAACACAUCCGAGUGCGAUUUGAAAACGAAAAUUGAGGAUCUGCUGAAUGGACUUAAGGAGAAAAGAGAACGAAUUGUAGUGUUACAAAGUAACAUUUCAGAUCUUAAGAAUCACGCAUCCAACUUACAAAUCUUCAUAGGAAGUAAACAGCUAGAGGAGAAAAUCGAAUCUGAAGAGACAUACGUUCAGUCAUUAUCGGAAGAUGAACGUUUGAAAAAGAUUUCCUUGAAAUAUACUCGUAAUGAACGGAUUGAGAAUAUAUUCAAAAGCAUCUGUUCAUUUGGAUCAAUAUCGAUAGAAUCUAGUUCACCAGCUAUUGAGAUCAAAUUUGAAAAGAUUAAGCAAGCUCAGAUAACGUCUGCUAGCAUUAUUCCGAAAUCAGUUGACAAUGUCCGUGCAACAUUAUUGCGAAAAAUUCAAAUUCCAGAAGGGAAAAUUUAUGAGUGUAAUAUAACUGGUUGUGCUGUUUUUCCAAACGGAAAAUUGAUUUUUGCAGACUGUGAUAAAUACAAACGAUUGGUGAUUUUUAAUACUGAUGGUUCUUUUGAUUAUGAAGAAACAAUUUCAGGAUCACAACCAUUUGAUGUAGCUUGUAUUGAUGACACAACAGUUGCCUUCACAGUAUGGAAUUCAUCCAAAAUUUACAUCUUUGACAUUAAAACAAAACGUAUCAAAACUACGAUUGAAACAAAAUAUAAUUGCUAUGGUAUUGCAUACCAGGACGGGAAAAUAUAUUAUGCAAAUACAGAGCAUCUCGGAGUCGCACAACUUGAAGACAGUUGUAUGAAGUCCAUUGUUAACUAUGGUAUUAGAUAUUCCUUUAUGCGUUAUGUGUCGCUUUUUGGCGAGUCUAUAUACUUAACAGAGUAUAAUGCCAAUUCAGUAUGUUGCUACAGUGAUAAAGGCAACAAAAUAUGGGAAUAUAAAGAUAAAACAAUUCUUAAAAGUCCCCGAGGUGUUGCUGUUGACAGAAAUGGCAUCGUGUAUGUAGCAUCCUAUGAGCGCAAUUGCAUUGUUGUAAUCUCUCCUGAUGGGAAGAAAGCAGUAGAUUUUCUAUGUUCUGUAGAUGGUAUUGAAAAUACAUCUAAACUUUUCUAUGACAAUGAGAGAGACUUGUUGCUGAUUGGGGGAUAUGAUGGGAAAUGUUCUUUAUAUCAGAUUAACAGUCAUAGAUACUUUGCUGAUAGUCCUAAAUACAAGGCUUUACUACAGCUAUCACAUAAACUUAACAUGAUAAAAAAAAUG